AUGAAUAACACACAGACCGAUACAACAAGUGAUUUACAGAGAACCGCAAACCUCGUCGUUUAUUUUGCUACAUUUCUUGCGGGUCUCACCGGAAAUCUUCUCGUGGUUUUGAUUAUCGUAAGGCGAAAGACCAAGAAGUCCAUGAACGAUUUCUUCGUUUUGAACUUGAGCGUCUCCGAUCUGUGUCUGAUCCUCUUCUGCUUACCGCCUCUGAUUUACGUACAAUUUAUCGGAUAUGUUGGAUCUCGGUUUUAUUGCAAGUUUGUCUGGCCGAUGGUGACUGUUUCUUACUGCUCUAGUAUUUUUACGAUCACCUCAAUGGCUUGUUAUCGAUGCAGAGUGCUUCUGCACCCUUUUGAGCUUCCACCGCACAGAAAAUACGUCUCAUUGUGGAUUUCAUCAAUUUGGCUUCUCUCGUUUGUAGUAGCCUUACCCCUGAUCAUCGUCUCGGAAUUUCGGGAACAAUUUCACGGGAGCACUUGUUACGAAGAUUGGCCCAACAGCAGUUAUAAGCGAGGUUAUACACUGAGCCUAUUAUUCCUGCAAUACUUGUUACCCUUGCUCACGAUUGCAGUCGCCUACUUACUGAUUGGCAUCGAUCUGUCACGACAAAGGAUUCGACGCGCGUCGAUGACCAGCCGGGGUGAUAUUUCAACAGGAGGUACUAGACAGGAAAACAUCAAAAUUAUGAAGACUUUAGCUGCAAUUGUCAUUCUCUUUGCCUUGUGUAUGUUACCCGUACACCUCGCGUGGAUGCUGCUUGAUUUUGGCGGGAAACGAGAGAAAGAAAUUGCGGAUAUAAUUUUUCACUUCUCCGAUGCCUUGGCAAUUCUACAAAGCUGCCUUAACGCGGUUAUCUACGGAGCUCUAACAAAGCACUUGCGAAACGGCUUUGCAAAGUAUCUUUUUUGGCUGCUCAGCUGUUUUGGAAUCCAAAAAGAUCUAAACCGAGCCGAUUCACAAGGGAGACAAACAAACGAGUCUUUCGCUCACGAAAUGGAUACGUUUUCUUGCUAA